CUGCCUCCGCGACACUCGUCUAACGAGAUGAUCCUCACGCAGUGCGCCGUCUGCGCCACCGAGCUUGGCUUAUCCUUGGGCAAGAAAUGCGGCCGCUGCAGCACGCGCUACUGUGGGCCUGAAUGCCAGGUGCAGCACUGGAAAGAGGGCGGUCAUGACCAGCUCUGUAAGAAAAUAAAGCGCUCUGGUGGCGCUGAGCAAUACCACGCAAAUAACAAGUACUCGGAGGCCGUCGCGGUCGCGGCGACGGCGUGCGCCGAGGACACCAAGGGCCAGACGUGCUACAUCUGCACGCAGGCCCUCCACUGGAAAACAAAGGAGGGCCUCGUGCGUGGGUGUUCGUGUCGCGGCACAUCUGGCUUCGCGCACGUGUCGUGCCUGGUGGAGCAGGCGAAGAUUUUGAUCGCGGAGGCCGAGGAGAAUAAUUUGCUCGACAAGGCGAAUGAACGGUGGCUGCGGUGGGACACGUGCGGCCUGUGCGAGCAAAAGUACCACGGCGUCGUGUUAUGUGCGCUCGGGUGGGCGUGCUGGAAGACGUACCUGGAUCGACCUGAGACUGAACCCGUACUGAGUGGUGCGAUGAGCCUGCUUGGAAACGGUUUACACGAGGUAGGACACUUGGCGGAUGCGUUGUCCGUGAGAGAGGCCGACUUGGCUAUGAUGCGGCGCCAUGGCGCAUCAGAAGAAAACAUACUCGCCGCACAGAGCGCUCUUGCGAUCGCGUGUGCAGCGGUUAGAGAUCUUGAAAAGGCUCUAAGCAUGGAACGAGACGUAUACUCCGGGCGUUUAAGGUUACACGGCGAGGAGCAUCCGCAAACCCUCAUAGCAGCCAACAACUACGCGUCGCGCCUUGUUGGUCUAAAGCGCUUCGAAGAAGCCAAGACGUUGCUGCGCCGAAUAACUCCUGUGGCGCGACGCGUUCUCAGAGAGAGCGAUGAACUCACGCUCAAGAUGCGGUCGAUGUACGCGCAAGCGCUCUGCCGGGACCCCGCCGCCACGCUCGACAAUCGCCGCGAGGCCGUGACGACGCUCGAAGAAGUAGAACGGACAGCGCGGCGCGUUUUUGGUGGCGCGCACCCCCUCACAGAAGGGAUUGGGGGCGAAUUGCGAGCAUCACGAGCGGUGCUCGAAGUGGCUCUCGGCGCCCGCGACGUCGAGGCCCUCCGGGAGCUGGUUGGAGCGAUGGGCACCGCGUAG